UGUAUGUGAAUGUUUUGCAGAGUAGUUAAUUUAUGACAUAUUUCUGUUUAAACCUUUAACAGAUCUGUCAGGUGUCCGAUAUGUGUCCCCCCCCAAUGUUAAACUCAUUUAGGGCAGCGUCAGUAGGAACUGGUUACACAGAACUGGCAACCCUGUGCCAUUGUACACUGAACUUUACGAAAGCGAGUAAACUUUUGCUGUUAUGGAUCGCUGGAAAGGCAGAGUUGCUCUUGUUACUGGUGCUUCAGGUGGGAAUUGGAGCUGCAAUCGCCAAAUCUCUUGUCCAGCAUGGCAUGAAAGUGGUUGGUUGUGCCAGAAACGUGGAACAAAUAGAGAAAUUAGCAUCAGAAUGUGUCAAAAGUGGAUUCAGUGGUACUUUAAUUCCAUAUAAAUGUGAUCUGUCUGUAGAAGAAGAAAUCUUGGCCAUGUUUUCCUCUAUCAAAGUUCAACAUCAUGGCGUUGACGUGUGCAUCAAUAACGCUGGCUUGGCUCAUCCAGACUAUAUAUUAACUGGCAAAACCAGUGGCUGGAAGGCUAUGCUGGAUGUGAAUGUGAUCGGACUAUCAGUGUGCACUCGUGAGGCUUACCAGUCCAUGAAAGAAAGAAAUGUUGAUGAUGGUCAUAUUAUUAACAUCAACAGCAUGUGUGGACACAGAGUUGUGCACAAUAGUGACGUUCACUUCUACACUGCUACCAAAUAUGCUGUGACUGCACUAACAGAAGGUUUGAGACAAGAGUUACGAGAGGCUAAAGCCCACAUACGUGCCACGUGUAUAUCUCCUGGUCUUGUGGAGACAGAGUUUGCUUUUCGGCUUUUUAAACACAAACCAGAGAUGGCUGCUGCAACCUAUAAAAACUUAAAGGUAAAAAAUCUGCAUUGUGUAUGUACUGAGUGCUCCUCCACAUGUUCAGAUUGGUGACAUUCAGAUGAGGCCUGUAGAACAACUGACAUAAUCGAAAUAAAUACAUUGAUAAGUCUUUCCAAAUAUAUUGAUUAUCAAAUUAAAAGUUUAAAAAACUUUUUUUAAUUAGUUGAAAACACACUGUAAAAAGUCAUUCUGUAGGCUUGUAGAUUUGAUGAAAUUGAAUAUCUAAACUUUUUUUUAUAAAAUUAAUUUCAUGUAGUUUGGUAAUUUUUGUGUUAAAAUUACUUAAAAAUGACUGGAAUAAAAACUA